AUCUGACUAAAGGCUAUCCUCCACGUUCACCCAAGGGUCACGCCACUUGUUGGCAAAGAACAGUUAAUUCUUAUUUAAAUAUGCCAUAUACCGAAGAUCACAUACGGAAUAAAUUGAUAAAAGACCUGGACGCGGUACACGUGGAAGUUGUUGAUCAAUCCGAUGGUUGUGGGGCAAAAUUUGCAGCUGUAAUAGUUUCGAAUAAAUUCGAAGGGAAGCCGCUAUUACAAAGACACAGAUUAGUCAAUUCAGUACUGUCGGAGGAAUUGAAAGAAAUUCAUGCCUUUUCACAAAAAACAUUAACUCCUGAACAAUGGGAGAAAGAGUAAAUUAUAAGUAAAUAAUAAUUUUUAAUUGUGAAUUAUAAAAAAGAAUCCCGAAGUCAUG